AUGAGCCGUCUCAAUCUUCUCAACCGCCUUUCCAAGAAAGGACGAGAACGUCAUGCUGUUAAUACAACAAGCGAUAGCACUAGACCAUCAGAGGAGGAUAAAGCAUCAUCCGAAUACUCGGCUCUGACCUCUAUCCACUUCCCUUUUUCAAGUACUAAGCGUCUCACUUUGGCUGAGUCGCCCUAUGACAAGCCAGUGGAAAUGAUACGCAAGGAAGAGUAUUCUCAUAUGAACAAUGGCAUCUACCUCGACCACAGCGGCACAACCAUCUACGCCCAAUCGACCGUCAGGCGCUUCGCUCAUAAGAUGAGCACCAACCUCUACGGCAACCCCCACUCCGCCAACGAGCCCGCCAAGUUCUCUGGCGACAUGGUCGACUCGGUACGCGAACAGACCCUCCGCUUCCUCGGCGCCGACCCGCGCCACUUCGACCUCGUCUUCGUUGCCAAUGCCACCGCGGCCAUCAAGUUAGUGGCCGACUCCUUCCGCGACCUCGCUGAGCAGACCCGCACCGGCUCCUUCUGGUACGGCUACCAUCGCGACGCACACACCAGCCUUGUCGGCGUGCGCGAGUUGACCAAGGGGCCGCACAGCCACAAGUGUUUUGAGAGUGACGCCGAAGUCGAAGAGUGGAUCGAGGGGAGAAAUACCUUUGGCCAACCAUCCGGCAGCCUUGCUCUCUUUGCCUACCCCGGGCAGAGCAACCUUACAGGACGCAGACUCCCUCUCGCCUGGGCGGGCAGGAUCCGGCACGACAGGACGAAGAGGCUACGCAACACGUACACCCUUCUGGAUGCUGCCGCGCUGGCCAUGACCAGUCCCAUGUCAUACGUUUUCGAAGAUCCCGAUACUGCACCGGACUUUACUUGUGUGUCGUUCUACAAGGUUUUUGGUUUUCCAGAUGUGGGCGGCUUGAUCGUCCGUAAGGACUCCGGCCACAUCCUCGCACUGAGGAAGUACUUUGGCGGAGGCACCGUCAGUUUGGUCAGUACAAUUGGAGGAGCGUGGCAUCUGAGCAAAGGGCUAGAAACCAACAACACCCAUGAGGUUGGCGACGAGCAGCACGCCGGCGGCUUACACGAGGGUCUGGAAGACGGAACUCUACCCUUUCACAGCAUCCUAGCCUUGGGAGAGGCAAUCGAUGUUCACAAGGAAUUGUUCGGGAGUAUGGAGAACAUCUCUGCUCAUACGUCUUCGUUGGUCAGGAGGCUGUAUCAAGGGAUGAAAGGGAUGCGAUAUGAGAAUGGUCAAGUGCUCUGCAAAGUCUAUCACUCUGGGGACGAAGACCUUUGGGAAAACGGGAAGGGUGACGAAGUGUAUGGUGAUGCGAGGGUGCAGGGCGCUACGGUGGCGUUUAACGUGUUUAGGGAGGACGGGACAUAUGAGAGUUAUGCGACGGUGGAGAAGAUGGCGAAUGAUAGGGGGAUUUAUGUGAGAUCUGGUGGCGUGUGCAACCCUGGAGGAGUAUUCACAGCUCUUCAGUAUGAGCCGUGGCAGUUGAACCGGGCCAAGUCCGCUGGUCAUCAUUGUGGUUCUAAUGGUUUGAGCGUCAUCAAUGAGCUUCCCACGGGCAUCGUCCGCGCAAGCCUAGGCGCAAUGAGCACCACCCAAGAUGUCGACGUCUUCCUCGCCUUCCUCAGGGAAAACUUUCUUCUCGAGAAAGGCCUUCUUCCCGCAAAGAAGAAGGCCAAUGCCAAUGUCAAGGUCAAAAGACAAAAUCAUUUGCUCGACACUAUCUCUUCAGCAGCAGUAGCCGCUGUCUCCAUGACUACUGUGACCGCCGCGAGGGGGGACCGGACUGUGACAGGAACAGGAACACAAAACACAGUCAUUUUGCCGCCGAGUCCAACUCCUACUACCUUUGGGGAAGAAGGAGUACCAGUAGUGGUGAUGAAGCCAAAGAUUCUGGAGAGAAUUGGGAGUGCUAUUUCCGUCUGA